AUGCCUGUGUCGCCCGCGGCGCCUCCGUUAGGAGAAAGCAGCCAGGAGACGGCGUUAUCAGACGGCUCCCAGAGCGACCGGCCGCCCUCGCAAAGCCCAAGUGUUCCCCGGGUUCAGAACCGCGGCCGCCUGGACCCGGCAGUCUUUCAGUCAAGGCCGGGGGUGGCCGGGGGCCCGAACUGCUCUCCGACCUCCCCCUACAACCUGCGGUCCCUGCGGCCUUUCCAUCCGGUGGACGGCGACGGCAUCCCGCGUGUGCGCAGGCCACGAGGCUGUGCGUUCUCCCCGACGCCGGGAGUUUCCCCGGCGGGGACCCGCCAGUUAGGAAUUCGGGUUUCCUCGUGGGUCGACUGUGUGGACGCUGAUCUGCAGCAGCUUCCCAGCCUCCACAGACUGACGGUUUGGGUGGGAGAGUUCGUUUGGAGGAAGCCCGAGGCGCCGUGGGGAGCCCGCGGCACGCAGAAGAGCGUGUGCAGCCGCGGCGGCACACGAAGGCCGUUCUGGAAGAGCCUGGGAAACACCAGGAUGCCCAGGACAAUAGACAAUAGAAAAAUAGUCAUGGAGGAAGUUAGGACCCCUGACAACCACCACCAAACAGAGUCGUACCCACAAGCCCACUUCACAACAUCUAAACCGGAAACUCACACUGAUGGCACUGAUGGGAGAAAAUACUGACGCAGUGAUGUGAGGCAGAACGAAAGACUCAUCCAAUAACCACACCUAGUAUGUAAAAGCCAAAGGGCUCAACUUCCACUCAUGAGAUUCAAUCAAAGAACUGAGUGCACGUGAGCCUCCAGGUCCAGACGAGGUGCUUGUCAAGUGCAAGAUGCUAUUAGCUCAAAUAUAUGUGUCAG